AUGCAGACUAUCUCCACAAACUACAUUCUUUUCGAUCUCGACGGUACUUUGGUUAAUACUACAGAUGCUGUGGAAACAGCAUGGCAGGAAGUGCUCGAUGAGCACAACUCAAAGCAUGAAGAUCAGAUCGAGACUAGCGCGUUCUUGGCUACUUCUCAUGGAAGAAGAACCAUAGAAACAUACCAGAGAUGGUUCCCGUAUAAGGAUACUUCCGAUGAGGCCAUUGGCGCUUACGAGUUGUCGAUUGCCACGAAAUAUGGCCAUUUGGCUAAGGAGGUUCCUGGUUCUACUGUUGCAUUGACUAAGCUCAACGAGCAGUCUCCACAACGCUGGGCUAUAUGUACUUCUGGAACCACUGACCUUGCUCAUGGUUGGGUUGAUAAUGUUUUUGAGGGUCUUAAGAAACCUGAGGUGUUCGUGACUGCUAACGAUGUUUCAGAGGGUAAGCCUCAUCCAGAAGGCUACUUGAAGGCAGCACAGGCCUUGGCUGAAGUGCAUGGUAAACCUGGUAAGUCAGUUGUUUUUGAAGAUGCUCCAAUGGGUGCUAGGGCAGGCGUUAACGCUGGUUAUACCGUUAUUGGUCUUGCUACUACGUUUUCUAAGGAAAUCUUGGAAGAGGCUGGUGCAACCUACGUUGUGAAGGACUUCACGAAGGUGGGUUUUGAACUUAAAGAAGAUGGUAUCGACGUGAAGCUCGAGACCAUUUAG